GAAAAACAACCAGUGGAAACAGAAGAAAAUGUCAAUAAGGACAACAGUACGUCCAAAAAUUUGAUAGAAGACAAUUCAACUUCGAAUCACCAACCCAACGAACGAAAAAAGGACGAAAUUAAAACUACUGAAACGAAACGCAAUGAAAAUGAUGAGGAAACAGUAAUUAAAAACAGUGACAAAAAGGAAAUUAGCGAAAAACAACUAGUGGAAACAGACGAAAAUGUCAAUAAGGACAACAGUACGUCCAAAAAUUUGAUAGAAGACAAUUCAACUUCGAAUCACCAACCCAACGAUCGAGGAAAGGACGAAAUUAAAACUACUGAAACGAAACGCAAUGAAAAUGAUGAGGAAACAGUAAUUAAAAACAGUGACAAAAAGGAUAUUAGCGAAAAACAACCAGUGGAAACAGACGAAAAUGUCAAUAAGGACAACAGUACGUCCAAAAAUUUGAUAGAAGACAAUUCAACUUCGAAUCACCAACUCAACGAACGAGGAAAGAAAGAAAUUGAAACUACUGAAACGAAACGCAGUGAAGAUGCUGAGAAAACAGUAACUAAAGACAGCGACAAAAAAGAAAAUAACGAAAAACAAUUAGUGGAAACUGAAGAAAAACCCAGUCAAGACAACAGUAUGUUCAAAAAUCUGAUAGAAGGCUGCGCAACUUCGAAUCUUCCAAACAACAAACAAGGGAAUGAAGACACUAAAUCUUCUGACACCAAACCCAGUGAAAAUAACGAGAAAACAGCAAUUAAAGACAAGAACAAAAAAGAAAAUACUGAAAAACUAUUAGCGGAAGACAACAGAACGUUCAAAAACCUGAUAGAAGGCAAUGCAACUUCCAAUGAUCAAACCAAUGAACGAGAAAAAGAAGACAUUAAAAGCACUGAGACAAAAGCCAGUGAGGCUAAUAAAAAACCAUUAAUUAAAAACAGUAACAAAAUGAAAAACAGCGAAAAACAAUCAGUGGAAACAGGAGAAAAACCUAAUAAAGAUAAAAGUACGUUGAAAAAUCUGAUAGAAGACAAUUCAACUUUGACUCAUCAAACCAGCGAACGAGGAAAGGAAGAAAUUAAAACUACUGAAACGAACCUCAGUGAAUAUAAUGAGAAAACAAUAAUUAAAGGCAGCGGCAAAAAGGAAAAUAACGAAAAACAAUCUGUGGAAACUGAAAAAGAAUCCAAUGAAAACAAGAAUACGUACAAAGUUGUUAUAGAAGACAAUUCAACUUCCAAUCAUCAAACCAAAGAACGAGAAAAGGAAGACAUUAAAACUGCUGAAACAAAACCCAGUGAAGAUAAUGCAAAAACAUUAAUUAAAGACAGAAGCAAAAAUUUAAAGAGUGAAAAACAAUCAGAUCUGAUAGAAGAGAAUGCAACAUCCGAUCAUCAAACCAACGAACGAGAAAAAGAAGACAUUAAAACUUUUGAAACGAAACUCAGUGAGGCUAAUAAAAAAACAUUAAAGAAAGACGAGGACAAGAAAGGAAAUUCCGAAAAACUAUUAGCGGAAGCCGAAGAAGAAUCCCGUAAAAACAAGAGUACGUCCAAACACCUGAUAGAAGACAGCGCAACUUCCAAUAAUCAACUAAACAAAUCAGAAAACAUUAAAACUACUGAAACAAAAGCCAGUAAGGCUAAUGGAAAAAUCUUUAUUAAAAACAGUGACCAAACGGAAAAGAGCGGAAAACAAAGUGCGAAAACUGAAGAAAAAUCCAAUACAGACAGCAGUUUGUCCAGCUCCCGAAGAGACGACAACGCAACUUCCAAUAGAGUUAGCAAAAAUUGCGAAAUGAAUAAUGAUAGAAAAGCAAGUGUCUUAGAUGUAAAACGUGCUGAUGCACCACAACAAUCGAAUAAUCAGCCUUUUCGUAAGCAAACAAACGUUUCUUCCUUGACUGAAUCAGUUGCUGUUUCUUCUUUACACAAUGAGAAUACCGCUUCUACUAGUGCACUAAGCAAAUAUAAUUCAACUGCAUUAAACCGAUUGGAUAUUGCUUGCAUUAACAAUGAAAAUAAAUUAGCUGAAAAGGAUAUAAGUAAAAAACAUGUUAUUUCUAAAGAUGAGACUUCUCUAUUUCUUAAUCUGACCUGCAAGCUCCAAAUCAUAACGAAUCAAAUAUCCAAAAAACUUGAAAAAGUUGCUAUUUUGGACGCAUAUACACCUACGGGCAAAAAAAACACACUCUUGGCAAAACUUAUAAGACAAGCAACCAUAAUCCUAGAGUCCAACGAACAAACAAUGCUAAGUCUCACUUCAACCCUUGAUCGUCAAAUGCGUACAGCAGAGAACGAUUUAAAAGUCUUUAUAGAAAUGAUAGCAAAUGGUAGGGCAAAAAAUACGUCCGAUGCAAACAUAUGUUCCAAUGCAUCUCGAAGCGAUUCUGGCAAAACCCAAAAGGCACAAACCGCACAAGGUCCAUUCGAUAAACUGGAAGAACUACAGCAAUUGUUUGCCACGCUAUUCACCAAGAAAAACAAAUUAAAACCAUUGGAAAGGAGAGAGAGAAUUAUAAUAACUGGGAAUAUAUUAGACUAUUUUAUUCCAUGCUUGGUAAGUAUGUUGUUAAAUCAAUAUCAAACGAAGGACAAUAAACGGGACAAUCAUCAAUCCAACGCACGAGAAGGGCAAGACAUUACAACUGCUGGAACUAAACCCAAUGAAGAUGAUGCGGAUACAUUAAUUGAAGACAGCAAAGGCAACAGCGCGUCCAAAGAUCUGAUAGAAGACAAUGCAACUUCCAACAUAAUGAGCAAAAAAGAUACAAUUAAUAAUGAUGAAAAAGCAAGCACCUUAAAUGCAGAACGUGCCCAACCACAAUCUUUCUUGGGUGAAUCUAUUUCUGUUUCGUGCCUGAAAGAUGCCAAUAGCGUUUCAACUAGUUUGGAAAACAACGAAGCCCAAGCACAAGGUACAGAUUCACAAGAAAAUCAAACAAAAAAGCUCAAAAUAAGAAACGUAACACUUUGUCAUGAAGAUUUAGAUGAAGAUCCAGACUCACAAAUGUUAAGAAUUUUUGAAAAUGAGACCAUACCAACUGAACUUGAAAGUGUAGAAGAAGAAUCUGAGAUUGAUCAGUUGCGUAAUAACUCGAGUGACGAUAAUUCAGACGAUCAAGACGAGCCUCUUUUUAAACUAUCCGAAACGCUGCCAGAAUUGUAUGGCACGGAAAUAUCAACAAGUCAGGAAGUCUUUGAUGACAAUAUCGAUAAAGAAAUCACUGAUACCAAGAACAAAGACACAGAGAAACAAUUAGGCGAAAAUAAAGCACAUUCCGAUAUAUAUCAAUCGAUUUUGCAAAUAGUGAACAGUCACGAGGUUGAGAUUGUAACUUCCGAACAAGGGGUUCAAAACACCCACUUUAACAAUGAUGAUGAAUUACUUAACUUGACAAAACAGCCAAACGAUGAAAAUGUAAUUCCCAUGCUACUUUCAUUUGAGGACAUAUCGAAAGCUCUAAAAAAUUCACAAAGGAAACGAGCUAAAAUUGCUUAUUUAUUGGACAACCUAUGUGAAGCUUUGAAACGCCCCUCCAAUGCAGAAGAAACCAUGAGCCAAGCAAUAUCAAUUUUUACAGAAUCUAAUUCUGCAACUGAACCCUUACCCACCACCGAACUUGAGUCAAGUCAGUUGCUUCAGCCCCAAGCAAGCGAAGAUAUCCAACCAAAAGAACCAAAAGAUGAUAUUGCUAUGCAGCUCAUCUCUAAUCAGACUCUUCACAGCCAAAUAGAAGCAGAUCUAGACAACAUGACAUUUACUCCUGAAGCAUCAGCCAUAACGUUCAGGCAAAAAUAUGAAUAUGACCCGGACAAUCAAAUAGAAAAAACUGAAGCAACUGAAAGCAUAAGUGACGAUACUUUGGUGGAAAACGAUCAGGAAGAAAUCCUUGAACAAGAAACUAAAAUAUUAUGUGAUGAAAUGAUAUGUGAGUCUUUAGCGAAACUAUUGGAAAUUUUAUUCAUGAAUAUUGAAAGAAACCAGAAUACAAUCAGUCUAAUCAGACUACUUGCUAGCAAGAUGAUACGUGUUCAAGAAACAAUCAGUCAAUGCAUAAGCAGCGACGAGAUGCUAAUGUCAGUUAUUAUAAGAAAAAAAAUGAGGACGUCAAGGAUAUCAUAUAAGAGUAAAAUUGAGUAUAUUAAGGAUAUCAUACAAGUUCCCAAUAUCAAACACCUCAUUGGAAAAGAAAAAGAGGAAAGUCUAUCAGUAGAACUUGAAAACAGAUCCUGCCAAUCCAGCGGCUUCUUGGCAAUACUGGAAAAUGUUGUUUGCAAAAUUGUAGAUGUACAGAAGUCUGAUAAAGCAAUAGAAAAUAUAAAAACCCGAAUUAAACUAAAUAAAACCAUUAUUAACUUUCUUAUCUCGACUUAUUCGCAACUUCUUGGACAAGACAUUCCAAAGCCAGAAAAAUGCCUAAAUUAUGAAACGUCUUCCACUGAACUCAUUAAACGUGAGUCUGCUGACUGUUUGGGAAAAAAUGACCUUAAAGUGACUGAAGAGACGCCUUCAAAUCAGCAACUUGAUGAAACGACCGAAAAAAUCCAUCAACAAAAACCAGAAACUGUCGGUGAAAGUAAUGAGGAAGUCGAAAGAAUCAAGCUUCCACAAUGUAUUGAAAGUUCAAUGAGAACAACAUGAAAACGAUCUACUGCUUCAGUUAGAAUGUGACCAGAACAAUAAAAAAGAAAAAUCUGAACUACUUGAAGAAAAAAAUACUCUAAAUAA